AUGGCUGUCGACCGCUCAGAGUUCCUGAGCAGCAUUUACAAGGAAGGGAUCUUCAACAAUAGGGUCGUCUUCGUGACAGGAGGCGCUGGUACAAUCUGCAAAGUACAGACCAAGGCUCUCGUCUACCUCGGUGCUAACGCCUGUAUCCUCGGGCGCAACGUCCAGAAGACCGAGGCCGGUGCCAAAGAGAUAGCCGCUGUCCGCAAGGGCGCCAAGGUCAUUGGUAUCGGUGGUGUUGACGUGAGAAAUUUCGACAGUCUGAAGGCUGCAGCCGAUCGCUGUGUCAACGAGCUUGGUGCUAUUGACUUUGUUAUUGCGGGAGCAGCAGGCAACUUUGUCGCUCCCAUCUCAGGCCUGUCCCCCAAUGGGUUCAAAUCCGUCAUUGAGAUUGACACAAUCGGCACGUUCAACACCGUCAAGGCCACAGCACCUUACCUGGUUGAGUCGGCCGCGCGGAACCCAAACCCACCACCCGCCGGCCAGGUCGGAACAGGAGGACGCAUCCUGGCCGUGUCGGCUACCUUCCACUACACGGGCCUCCCUCUCCAGUCCCACGUCAGCGCCGCAAAGGCCGGGGUUGACAGCAUCAUGGCAAGCGUCUCGCUCGAGUACGGACCCAUGGGCGUGUGUGCGAACGUUAUCGCCCCUGGUGGCAUCGAUGGGACCGAGGGCCUGGAAAGGCUGGCAAGCAGCACAGCCGCCCACACCGAGGCAGCCACCGCUGCUAUCCCGAGUGGGAGGUGGGGCACUGUCCGUGAUAUCGCAGACGCGACGGUAUGGUUGUUCAGUGACGCUGCCAAUUAUGUCAAUGGCCACACCCUCGUCGUCGAUGGCGCCGCGUGGAGGAGCCCUGGUGCAAUGGCUGUUGGCCUUGACGAGGGCAUGCAGUAUCCCGGCUUCUUGAAGACCGGACACUCCAAGAACAUCAAGACAGGAAGGAAGUCGGACAGUAAAUUGUGA